GGCGGCGGCUGCGGCAGCUCUGGGAAGCGGAGGGACGCGGCCGGGCGGCUCGCCUGACCUGCGUGCCCCCCCUACCUUGGCCGCGCCGGGCUGCCCCGAAGGAUGUCCGCCCAGUCCAAGGGGACCGCAUCCUCUUCCUCGUCGCCGUCCGAGGGGCCGCCGGCAGCCUCCAAAGCGAAGGUGAAGGAGCAGAUCAAGAUAAUCGUGGAGGAUUUGGAAUUAGUCCUGGGGGACCUGAAAGACGUGGCCAAGGAACUUAAGGAGGUGGUUGACCAGAUCGACACGUUGACGUCUGACCUGCAGCUGGAGGAUGAGAUGACAGACAGUUCCAAAACGGACACGCUCAACAGCAGCUCCAGCAGCACAACAGCUUCUAGCCUGGAGAAGGUGAAGGUGCGGGGCAGUACUCCGCUCAUCAAGAACCCCGUGCAUCCCUCCGCUAUCCUCACCGUCCUGCGGAAGCCAAAUCCCCCUCCACCCCCACCACGACUGACACCUGUCAAGUGUGACAAGCAGCUGAGGCCACCUCCUUCGGCCAACCCUGUCAAGACUAAUGGUACCCUGCUGCGAAAUGGGCCCAGCCGCAUCCCAAAUGGGGAUUUGUGCUGCAUACCAAACAGUAAUUUGGACAGUGUUGCAAUUCCGCCUCUAAUGCAUAGACCUGAGAAAGAGCGGUGUCCUCAGGCAGGAGCAAGGGAACGGGUACGAUUUAGUGAAAAAGUGCAGUAUCACGGCUAUUGCCCAGACUGUGAUGUUCGGUAUAACAUUAAGAACAGGGAGGUGCACUUGCACAGCGAGCCUGCCCAUCUCCUGGGAGCGCUGCCACAUCAGUGCCCUCCUCUGCCACCCCCACCGCCUCCACUGCCUCCGUUUCCUCUAGAAAAUGGAGGGCUGGGGAUAAGCUCCAGUAACAGCUUUCCUCCUCCGAGACCUGUUACUGUGCCUCCACAAACUGCACCAAAACCCCAGAAGACCAUCUUGAGGAAGUCAACCACUACAACAGUGUGAUGUAUGCCACUUGAAAAAAACUUCGUUUUUUUCAUAUAUAUAAACAUAAGUAGGUAACGAGCACUUUCUACUUGAGCAAUAAAAAGACCCAGUGUAUUACUCCCAGUGUAUCCAGUGAAGUGGCAUAAAAAUCACACGGUAAGUAAAGAGAAGAAUUUCCUUUUGGUCACCGUAAAAUGCCUUUAUGGCUGAAAAGGAUGCUGAAAAAUACACAUGAUUUAGCUCACGGGUUGUAAACUUCUGUUGCAGUUUCCUAUCUGCAGCAUUGCUUAAAAGAAAGUGGAAAGAAAGAUCAGUUUGAAAGUACAGAGUGGCGAUUCCUGUUAGAUUUUCGUCUGUCCACCGUAAUGGAGUAAGCAUUGCUGCUGAAUUCUGGGAAGCUUUCUGUUUCCAGCCACUGUGCUUUAAAAUGCCAUUUGACAAAACAAAGUGGAGUGGCAGAUAACGCUUUUGACUGAAUUCUAGCAAAGACAUUUUUCUGUGCCUGAUUGCUUGAGUGAAGGCAUUGUGUGUGGAGCCAUUCAGUAGGAAGCAAUCACCGGACUUUCAGGCAGCUUGACCUUUGGUGAGGGAGUAAAGUAAUUGAAAGCACCUUCAGUCUUGAAGGAAUAUCUAUAUCGGGAGGCACGUCAGCUAAUUUCUUGAAUAUUAGAUUCAUCAUUGUGACUUCUUGCAGGCCAGAUCUGAAGAGUAACCAGGAACCUGACCCUCCGUGAAGCAUGGGAAAGCCCUUCAAGUCAGCCUUAAAUUCCACUUAGUGGGAGCAAAGAAUAGAGGACUAAAGAUCUCGCCCCAGUUCAGAAACGGCUCUCUAAGCCUGGCACUUGAGUUCUGUGCUGAGCAACCGCAGCAACAAUCGAUGAGCUUUUCGUGGGUCAAGCCAGCAUCCAAAUAUAUUUCAAUAUGUAGCCAAAAGGAGAAAUGAAGCACGUAGGUGAUAAUACGAUAUAAAUGCAUUUACUGUAACAGGGGAAUUUACUGUCUACGGUAAAAGAAGACCUCUGUCAUUCCUUGUACAUAUUGAAAGCCAUACAGGAACAGGGCAUCGGUGACGUUAAACUGCUUAAAAGGAUGCUGUCUCCUGUUCUCCACCCAACUUUCAAAAAGUUCAGGUGUUAAAGAUUGCAUCUCAAUGCACUUCAAGUUUUGCACUGUCGCUUACAUUCAGGGUAAUGGUGUGUGCCACCAUUUGCACAGAUGGCCCCAGGAGAUUUUUGACCACAACGAGCUGUAUUUUGCUGGGGCUCCAAAAGGUGGAAUAUAAAAGUUAGAACUGAAGAAAAACAUUUGUGCGCUCUUUCGCUAUGGGGAUCUCUUCACUGAAAGGACUAUGGUCCUUUCUUAGGUUUAAAUAAAUACAUACAUAUACAUAUAUAUAUAUAUGUAUAUAUAUGAAAAAGCAUCAACAUGAUAAGGUGUGUCUAAAGCGGGGAUAUAAUCUUUUUUAAUCGCGUCCAUUUUUUUAUCAUACUGUUGCAAGGAAUUUAAUCUAUCCAAUUAUACAUCCAAUCUGUUCCUGUUGAACACUGACAUUGUUGUUCCAGUUACUGUUAAAGAGAUGAAGUCAUUUGUAAUAUGUAUUUGGCAUACAAAUUUUCUAGCCAUUUGUCUAUACUUCAUGGAGAAAUCUAACAGACAAGCAGCAUUUUCAGUUUAUUUUUCUAAAUAAAUGUGUUGUUUAUAUUGUUAGCAGUCACUCAUCUGGGCUGGUUUUCAUUAUCUCCAAAAAUGAUUUAAAGGCAGAACCAAAACACAGAAAUUAUUUGUUCAUGUGAAGCUGUGAUGGUUUGCUGACUGAAAGCUUUAAUAUAAAUAUUGUAAUUUGUAAAAUGACGAAGUAUAUUUAUACAGGCAAAUAUGUAUGGAAAACAAAUGGAGGUAUUUUAACUCUUAAUUUCAGAACAUAGUUUAUUUUAAUAUCCAUGUGAAGAAAUAUAGAUAUAUAAUGGGAUAGAUUUUUUAUUAUCAGUAAGUUUCAGCGAGUGAAGAUUUGGGUGUUUAAAAAUGAAAGAAAUGUCGUCUAGUAAGAGUGGUCUCCCACAUUACAGAGAGAGCUUUUAUCAAGUGUCUCACCUUAUCCAGAAACUGUUUUUAGUUGUCGUGUUUUUUGAUUUCAUUAGGUUUUAUUCUGUUUGUUUCUGAGUUUGUUUUAGCAUGUUGGCAAGACCAUGCCACUUAAUCACUAUCAGUUUAAGUAGUUGCGGUGUACGAGGUUGUUCUUUAGAACAAUCUGCAGCUUACAGUUAUCAGUCAUUGUUUCUGUGUACUGUGGACUUUUGUUAUGAAGUUACUGAACAUUUCAGUGCUAGAGCUGUUUUGAAUAAAAGUACAUAUUUUCCUUUUUUCUUAGUCUA